AUGGGCGACUUUAAUGCAGUUAGAUUUGUGGGGGAAAAGAAGGGAGGUUCUAAUCAAUGGAAUUCACAAUGUGAAGAGUUUAAUGACAUGUGUAAGGAAGCUGAUAUUGAUGAUCUUAAUGCCAUUGGGUCAUUCUUCACUUGGAAUAACAGAGGAAAGCUCAAUAGGAGGAUUUGGUGCAAACUUGAUCGGGUGAUAUGUAAUGAGCAUUGGAGCAGCAGGUUUCCCAACUCUUUUGCAUCCUUCCUUACUCCGGGCAUAUCGGACCAUUGUCCAAUGGUGGUUUAUAGUGGGCUGAACUUUCAAGGUAAGAAAUCCCCUUUCAAGUUUUUCAACUUUUGGGCAGAGCAUGAAGACUUUUUACCUAUGGUGGAGAGAGUGUGGAGUGUGGAGGUGGAGGGUAACCCCAUGUACAAGCUAGUCUCUAAGCUAAAAGCGUUGAAGGUUGAGCUUAAGAGACUAAAUAGAAAAGAGUUCUGGAACAUUUCGAAAAGAGUGAAAUUUGCAAGAGAUGAUCUAGCCCAAGUCCAAGAAAGGCUUGUUGUGGAUCCGGUUGAUGAUGCUAUUUUGCAAGAGGAGAAAGAUAAGGUGGAAAAGAUGGCCAAGCUUUCAAAAGCCGAAGAAUCACUAGCCAAGCAAAAGUCUAGGGUUAAAUGGUUACGGGAAGGGGAUGCUAACACUUCUUACUUCUUUAAAUCGAUUGCUAGAUGGUGGAAUAGAAAUAAGAUUGCGUCCUUGGAAAUUGGGGAAGACUCGGUUACUAGUGAUCAAGAUAGAAUCAAAGAGGAGUUUGUGUCUUUCUACUCAAAUCUUUUUGAAGUUAUGUGUCUGGGUGUUUCCUAUGAGGGCAUGGAGGAACUUAUCAGCCCUGUUAUUUUGGAAGAGGAGGCCAAUUCCAUGAUUAGUGAGGUUUCCAAAGAAGAGAUUCAAGAGACCAUGUUUGGAAUGAGUAAAGACAAAGCACCGGGGCCAGAUGGAUAUGGAGCUUUUUUCUUUAAAAAGCUUGGGAUAUUGUAUGUCAUGAUGUUGUUAAAGCGAUCCAAAAUUUCUUCAAGUCUGGGAAGAUGCUUAGAGAGGUGA